GGGAAUCUUUGGCCAACCCAUUUUUGCUGCUUUCAGGACCGUUGAUCGAUUUACGUUGCGAAAGGCACCACAGCACCAUCGACUCCGAGUGGGUGUGGUCACUGACCUAACCGGGAAGUUAGUUAGUUGCGACGUCCAAUCCUCAACCGGAAACGCAAACUCAAGCAACGAGUGGUACACAAAUCGUGGUACAGAUCACUUUUUCUCCGCCGCAGACUCCCCGCCGCCGUCCAGCUGCUCACUUCCCCAUUCAAAGAGGCAUGUCAAGCGCGAGGAGCACGACCUUCAUGAUCAAUCUGAUCAGCGGCCAGGAAUUUGAGGUGCAAGCUUUCAGCAACCGCGUUUCAGAUCUGAAAGAUGCGAUUGAAAAGUUCAAGGCCAUCCCAGCGUAUGAUCAAACCUUGGUGUGUGAUGGUGCAGAACUGCACAACCUGGCCAAGGUGGAUCCUGGCAGCAACCUCUUGCUGGUGAUUGGCAAUUCUUUCACCAACAUGGCUCGGGAGUUUAUCCUGAAUACUUCGAGUGGCUAUGGUCACGUGUAUCGACCACUGUGGGGUCGCCCGAGCUCCCAGAUGGAUGCCCAGGCCUUGCUGCAGAGCUGUACCGUGGCGGCACAGCGAAGGCAGAUGGAAGGUUGCGAAGUCAAUCAACAGCUGGUCUACCUCUCCCAGGAACACAUGGAAGACUAUUUAUCCCGACUGGAGACUUGCGACAUGGCGCUGGAAGCGGAAGCACGGAGGAACCAGAUCUUCACGGACCGCUACGAUAUGGACAUCCUAAACUUGACCCAGGGUGACACGCCCAUGAAGGCGCUGUUGGACUACCGCGAGAGGUGCUGGGAUGACUCGCAGGUGGAACGAGCACGACGGAGCGCGCAAGAGCGGGACUUGGUGUUUGUGGAUCCUGUGGAGGCAGAGGUCUUGAAGAAUUGGGAGAACACCUGCAUUGAUUCCAGCACGUGGGCGCUGUGGCGCUGGAGACAUGCGGAUGAGGUGCCCGCAUCUGGUGAUGAGCUGGGUGCUGGAUGGCGUGAGCUCCUGCGGGUCAGCGGCGGGCAGCCCAGGCCAAUCCGUUGGCCUACCCUCCCAGCGGCCCCAGUUCUGACCCUGGACCUGGAGCUGGGCGCCAUUCUGAUUUGCGGCCAGUCGGUGGAGCCUCAAGAUUCCUGGCGAUUGCUAGAGGGAGCUGGUUGUUCUUGCUGGGUCGUCCAGUCCAUGCUUUUGCAGCAGAUGCUGGAGGAUGGUACGUGGACGGCGGAGAACUGGCGAAGAGUGUUCGCUGACUUUCGGUUAGAGAUCCGGACCUGUUCCUUCUUGAUUCUAGAGCCGAGCUGCCAGCCGAUGUCCUGGCGCACCAAGAUUUGCAAAUCCUUGAUGGAGCUUCGCGUCGAGGCAGUUGGGUGCCUUCUGUCCCUCUCCAUGAUGGCCAGUGCGUUGCAAGUGCCAACGGCCAUGUACAUUGACUGCUCGGCGACCUCCACCACCAUCACGCCGGUCUUUGAGGGCUACAUGAUUACCGACGGAAUUGUGCGAGCUGAUUCCGGUGACUGCCGUGAGGUCUUGCCCUCAGCUGUCGCACAGAGCCUGGAGUGCUGCCCAAUCGAUACACGUCGCCUCUUGGACAGGAAGGGCGUCCUGUAUGGCGCGUGCUCCGCCAAAAUGCUUGACCAUGGUUCAGGAGAAUCGAUCGAAGAGUUGAAGAGAAAGAUGAAACCUAUGAAACUGCAAAUCGAAAGCCGCGGGACGCUCUACCGUGGCGUUUGCCAAGUACUCCACGAAAGCUAUCGGAGAUUCAUCCUGGUCACACGUGAGCAGUACGAAAUUGAAGGCAUAAUCGCACUUAAUCACAUACAUCUUUAA